ACAAUCUCAUCUCUUUUAAUAAUAAUAAUAAUAGUAGUAAUAUGUUAAAUAUUUUUAUGAUUUUUGAGUUUUAACAGUAUUUUGUUUGUGUGUUUUACAGUUGAAAGUCAUCUUGAGGAUUUGCAGGUGCAAUGGCUGAACGUGUUCUGACUCGUGUUCACAGCCUUCGUGAACGUCUUGAUGCUACUUUGGCUGCUCAUCGCAAUGAAAUUUUGCUCUUUCUUUCAAGGAUCGAAAGCCACGGAAAAGGGAUCUUGAAACCUCACCAGCUGCUGGCUGAGUUUGAAUCAAUUCACAAAGAAGACAAAGACAAACUGAAUGAUCAUGCCUUUGAAGAAGUCCUGAAGUCCACUCAGGAAGCAAUUGUUUUACCCCCAUGGGUUGCACUUGCUAUUCGUUUGAGACCCGGUGUGUGGGAAUAUGUCCGUGUGAAUGUUAAUGCUCUUAUUGUUGAGGAGCUGACUGUGCCUGAGUUUUUGCAAUUCAAGGAAGAACUUGUUAAUGGAACUUCCAACGAUAACUUUGUUCUUGAAUUGGAUUUUGAGCCCUUCACUGCAUCAUUUCCCAAACCAACCCUCACCAAAUCAAUUGGAAAUGGAGUUGAAUUCCUCAACAGGCACCUCUCUGCUAAAAUGUUCCAUGACAAGGAAAGCAUGACCCCUCUUCUCGAGUUUCUUCGAGUUCACCACUACAAGGGAAAGACAAUGAUGCUAAAUGAUAGAAUUCAGAAUUUGUAUACUCUCCAAAAAGUCCUGAGGAAGGCUGAGGAAUACCUCACCACCCUUUCCCCAGAAACGUCAUACUCGGCAUUUGAGCACAAGUUCCAAGAAAUUGGCUUGGAGAGGGGUUGGGGUGACACCGCAGAGCGAGUUCUAGAGAUGAUCUGCAUGCUCCUGGAUCUCCUCGAGGCUCCUGACUCAUGUACUCUUGAGAAGUUCCUUAGUAGAAUUCCUAUGGUUUUCAAUGUAGUUAUACUUUCACCUCAUGGAUAUUUCGCCCAGGAAAAUGUCUUGGGUUACCCCGACACUGGUGGCCAGGUUGUCUAUAUUUUGGAUCAAGUUCCUGCCUUGGAGCGUGAGAUGCUCAAGCGCAUAAAGGAGCAAGGACUUGAUAUCAAACCACGUAUUCUUAUUGUUACUCGGCUGCUCCCUGAUGCAGUUGGUACCACUUGUGGUCAGCGACUCGAGAAGGUAUUUGGAACUGAGCAUUCACAUAUUCUUAGGGUCCCCUUUAGGACUGAGAAGGGCAUUGUUCGCAAAUGGAUCUCUCGUUUUGAAGUCUGGCCAUACAUGGAGACUUUCAUUGAGGAUGUGGGGAAAGAGAUAACCGCAGAACUGCAAGCUAAGCCUGAUCUUAUUAUCGGAAACUAUAGUGAGGGAAACCUUGCAGCCUCCUUGUUGGCUCACAAGUUAGGCGUAACACAGUGCACCAUUGCUCAUGCAUUGGAGAAAACCAAAUAUCCUGAUUCUGACAUUUACUUGAACAAAUUUGACGAGAAAUACCACUUCUCAGCUCAGUUUACUGCUGAUCUUAUAGCAAUGAAUCACACUGAUUUCAUCAUCACCAGCACCUUCCAGGAGAUAGCAGGAAGCAAGGACACCGUUGGACAGUAUGAGAGCCACAUGGCCUUCACAAUGCCUGGAUUGUAUAGAGUUGUUCAUGGCAUUGAUGUGUUCGAUCCCAAAUUCAACAUUGUGUCACCAGGAGCUGAUGUGAAUCUCUAUUUCCCAUACUCCGAAAAGGAAAAGAGAUUGACAACUUUUCACCCUGAAAUCGAAAACUUGCUGUUUAGCGAUGUCGAGAAUGAAGAACACCUGUGUGUGUUGAAGGACAGGAAUAAGCCCAUCAUAUUCACCAUGGCAAGAUUGGACCGAGUGAAGAACUUAACUGGACUCGUCGAGUGGUAUGCUAAGAAUCCACGACUAAGGGAGUUGGUUAACCUUGUUGUGGUUGGUGGAGACCGAAGAAAGGAAUCCAAAGACUUGGAAGAGCAGGCAGAGAUGAAGAAGAUGUAUGAACUUAUAAAGACUCACAAUUUGAAUGGCCAGUUCCGAUGGAUUUCUUCCCAGAUGAACCGUGUGAGGAAUGGGGAACUCUACAGGUACAUUGCUGACACCAGGGGAGCUUUCGUGCAGCCUGCAUUCUACGAGGCUUUCGGUCUGACUGUUGUUGAGGCCAUGAGCUGCGGUUUGCCUACAUUUGCAACAAAUCAAGGUGGUCCAGCUGAGAUCAUCGUUCACGGAAAGUCUGGUUUCCAAAUUGAUCCAUACCAUGGCGAGCAGGCUGCUGAUCUUCUCGCUGAUUUCUUUGAGAAAUGUAAGGUAGACCCUUCACAUUGGGAAGCCAUUUCUGAGGGUGGCCUUAAGCGUAUACAAGAGAAGUACACAUGGCAAAUCUAUUCCGAUCGGCUGUUGACACUAGCUGCUGUUUACGGGUUCUGGAAGCACGUUUCCAAGCUCGAUCGUCUUGAAAUUCGUCGUUAUCUUGAGAUGUUUUAUGCUCUCAAAUUCCGCAAGCUGGCUCAACUUGUUCCAUUGGCUGUUGAGUAAAUUGACAAAGAAGAGAAGGCCUCUGUCUAAUUGUUAUCCAUAUUGUCCUUUAGAAAAUGUUUGUCCUAGUUUGCUUUUCCCCCACAUUUGAUGAUUGAGAACUGAAUUGUCUUUUUUAUUUGCAUUUUUUCCCUUCUGUAGUCAUGAAGAGGAUUGCAAAUUUGACAUUAUGUAGUGUUACUGUGAAUAAAAUAUCAAAUUUCAAUCUGCUCUAUC